AGCGAAGCGAGGCAGUAUGGCGGACCGCGGUCAGCCACCCGCAAAGCGGCUCUGCUGCAGGCCAGGCUUUAAUGCUUCCAAAGCGCCAGCCAGGGCGGCCCCGGCCGGCAAGACCCACAACCCGGAGUCGCUGCUGGACAUCAGCGCCAGGAAAGUGGCGGAGAAGUGGCCUUUCCAGCAAGUGGAGGAGCGUUUCACCCGCAUCCCCGAGCCCGUCCAGAGGCGGAUCGUCUACUGGUCCUUCCCGAGGAACGAACGGGAGAUUUGCAUGUACUCCUCAUUCAAUUACUCAGCCGAGGACGGCGGGGACGACGAGAGCAGAUUGCCUUUUAAACGGGGCAUCGCGCUGCUCGAGAGCGGCUGUGUGGACAAUGUCCUUCAAGUCGGAUUCCACUUAAGUGGUACAGUAACCGAACCCGCAACGCAGUCGGAGCCAGAAACUGUUUGUAACGUUGCUAUCAGCUUCGAUCGUUGCAAAAUUACCUCAGUGACCUGCGGCUGUGGAAAUAAGGACAUCUUUUACUGUGCACACGUCGUAGCCCUCUCGCUAUACCGGAUUCGCAAGCCGGAUCAGGUCAAGCUGCAUCUUCCUAUUUCAGAAACACUUUUCCAGAUGAACCGAGACCAAUUGCAGAAAUUUGUUCAGUAUUUGAUCACAGUGCAUCACACGGAAGUCCUGCCUACUGCCCAGAAACUAGCGGACGAAAUCCUCUCCCUCAACUCUGAAAUCAAUCAAGUGCAUGGUGCCCCGGAUCCAACAGCAGGAGCCAGUAUAGACGAUGAGAACUGCUGGCACCUGGAUGAGGAGCAGGUUCAGGAGCAGGUUAAACUCUUCCUCUCCCAGGGCGGUUACCAUGGAUCUGGAAAACAGCUGAACUUGUUGUUUGCAAAGGUGCGGGAGAUGUUGAAGAUGAGGGAUUCAAACGGCGCUCGGAUGUUGACGUUAAUAACGGAGCAGUUUAUGGCUGACCCUCGACUUUCUCUGUGGAGGCAACAAGGAACAGCAAUGACUGACAAGUAUAGGCAGCUCUGGGAUGAACUGGGUGCCCUGUGGAUGUGUAUAGUCCUAAAUCCCCACUGCAAGCCUGAACAGAAAGUGGGCUGGCUAAAACAGCUCAAAAAAUGGAACUGUGUUGAUGUUUGUCCCUGGGAGGAUGGAAACCAUGGUAAUGAGCUGCCCAAUUUAACCAAUGCUUUGCCUCAGGGUGCAAAUGCUAACCAAGAUUCUGCAAACAGGCCUCAUCGGACUGUGUUCACACGAGCCAUCGAGGCAUGUGAUCUCCACUGGCAGGACAGCCAUUUACAGCACAUUAUCAGCAGUGACCUCUACACAAACUACUGUUACCAUGGCGACAGUGAAAAUUCACUGUUUGACUCUCACGGGUGGCCCCUGUGGCACGAACAUGUACCUACAGCUUGUGCUCGUGUGGAUGCACUGCGAUCUCACGGAUAUCCCAGAGAAGCCUUGAGACUAGCAAUAGCAAUUGUCAGUACACUGAGACGGCAGCAGCAGAAACAGCUCGAAAUGUUCCAGUCACAGAAAAAAGAGUUUCUUCACAAAGGAAUAACGACGGUAACCAAUCUGGAAGGAUGGGUGGGUCACCCGCUGGAUCCUAUCGGCUGCCUCUUCAGCACAUUGAUGGAUACUUGCAGGGUGGAUGAUGAAAGCUCCGGGUAUUCUGAAUUCACAGAAAACAUGGGCCAAUCGAAAUCUCUAGACUACCAUCACCUGCCGGCGCACAAAUUCUUUGAACACGGUGAAUCUUAUUUAACUUUAGCUGUGGAAAUUGCUCUGAUUGGACUGGGCCAACAGCGAAUAAUGCCCGAUGGCUUGUACGCCCAAGAGAAAGUGUGUCGUAAUGAGGAACAGCUCAUUGCGAAGCUACAGGAGAUAGAUUUAGAUGACAUGCUCGUGAAAAUAUUCCGAAAACAAGCAGUCUUCCUGUUAGAAGGUGGGCCGUACAGUGGCCUGGGUGAAAUAAUUUAUCGAGAGAGUGUUCCGAUGCACACCUUUGCCAAGUAUCUCUUCACAUCUCUGCUACCUCAUGAUCCAGAGCUGGCGUACAAGAUUGCACUGAGAGCAAUGCGGCUGCCAGUAUUGGAAUCGACAGCACCAACGGGAGAUGUGUCACGUCCGCACCACAUUGCAUCUGUUGUCCCAAACCGCUAUCCACGUUGGUUCACUUUAAGUCACAUUGAGUCCCAGCAGUGUGAGCUGGCUUCUACAAUGCUAACAGCUGCUAAAGGAGAUGUUAUGAGGCUGGAAACAGUGUUAGAAUCUAUUCAGAAGAACAUUCACUCCUCGUCGCACAUCUUCAAGCUUGCCCAGGAUGCAUUUAAAAUAGCAACUCCCAUAGACAGUUUGCCUGACAUUACUCUGCUCAAAGUGUCCCUGGAGCUGGGUCUUCAGGUAAUGCGAAUGACACUGUCGACAUUAAACUGGCGCCGACGUGAAAUGGUGCGGUGGUUAGUAACAUGUGCUACAGAAGUAGGAGUUUACGCGUUGGACAGCAUUAUGCAGAGCUGGUUUACACUAUUCACUCCAACCGAAGCUACCAGUAUUGUUGCCACUACAGUAAUGUCCCAUAGCACAGUUGUUCGAUUGAACCUGGACUACAACCAACGGGAGAAACUGGCCAGUAGUGCUAGGACACUUGCGCUGCAAUGUGCUAUGAAGGAUCCUCAAAACUGUGCCCUUUCAGCCCUAACCCUGUGUGAAAAGGACCAUAUAGCUUUUGAGACUGCUUACCAAAUAGUUCUAGAUGCUGCCACAACUGGUAUGAGUUAUACACAGCUCUUCACAAUUGCUCGAUAUAUGGAGCAUCGUGGUUAUCCUAUGCGGGCCUAUAAACUAGCCACCUUGGCAAUGACGCAUCUCAACCUGGGUUACAAUCAGGACACGCACCCUGCCAUUAAUGACGUCCUAUGGGCAUGUGCACUUAGCCACUCCCUUGGGAAGAAUGAGCUAGCAGCUAUUAUACCUCUGGUGGUCAAAAGUGUUCAGUGUGCUACAGUACUUUCAGACAUUCUACGCCGGUGCACUUUGACCACACCAGGAAUGGUGGGACUCCAUGGUCGGAGGAACUCUGGGAAAUUAAUGUCACUGGACAAAGCCCCACUCAGACAGCUCCUGGACGCCACUAUUGGGGCCUAUAUAAACACAACGCAUUCACGGCUUACGCACAUUAGUCCACGGCACUAUAGCGAGUUUAUAGAGUUCCUAAGCAAGGCCCGAGAGACCUUCUUAAUGGCUCACGAUGGACACAUUCAGUUUACACAGUUUAUUGACAACCUGAAGCAGAUUUACAAAGGCAAAAAGAAACUCAUGAUGCUGGUGCGUGAGCGAUUUGGUUGAUCAGCACGCAGUGGUGUCUUUUUAUUGAGCCUGCCUUUGUACCCUUUUUAACUUAAAA